UGUGUGAGUUUUACGAGAGCAGAGGUAAAUCUGAAAGCUCUUUCCUUUCGACCACGUCUUCCUCUUCUUCCUCCUCUUCGUCUCCGUCUUUUAACGCGACUUGUCUUUCUUUUUUCUUUCUUUCUUUUUAUAUAAUAUUGCUUUAUAAGUUGUAAUUUGUUUUGCGCUAUCGGUCUCGGCGUUUCUUCUUCUUCUUCUUGUUGUUCGUAUCGUUACCUCUUCCUUCACACGCGAAGUUGACAUCUAGAUUCAAUACAUAGAUUGGCUCUGCUUUUUGAUUUUAUUGCUCCACGUUGAAUGUUCCGACUUCUUCUUUCUUCUUCUUCUGUGGAGAUUUCUUGGUGGUGACUUACUCAGAUGGAGCCUAUUCAUUCAGAUGACAUGGAGGAAGCUUUUGUCGAUGAAUCCUCUAUGCUAUUGAAUUCCCCUUAUCUUAAUGGUAUUCACGGAGACCCUGAUGUACUUCCUCGCGUUGGAGAUCAGUACCAGGCUGAUCUACCUGUGCUACUCACUGAGUCUGAUCGUCUAAAGCUCAUUACUUGCUUUCAUUCAGAGCCUCCCCUGCAGAAACUCCUUACUUUUGGCUUGCCUAUCCCUCUUAUGUGGACAAGAAGUGAGAAAUUCAGAGGUUUCCGUGAAGCCGAUAUUGAUAAAGCCAGUCCACCAGUCGAUGAUCAAUCCUUGCAGAAUGCUGCUUGCAUGAAACCGAGGAGUAUUGUGCUUGCAUUGCCUUGCCAAAAAAACGCCAAGUUCAAGUUUGACUGGCUCGAUAAGACCCUCUAUCCAUUCCCUGGGACUUUGGGUCAACCUUGGGAAGAUGCUGAGCAAGAGAGGUUUCUUCUUGGCCUCUACUGUCUUGGCAAAAACCUUGUCUUGGUGCAGAGAUUUGUUGGGAGCAAGCACAUGGGAGAUAUGCUCUCUUACUAUUACGGCAGCUUUUACAGGUCUACUGAAUACCGGAGAUGGGUAGAUGGACGCAAGUCCAGAAGCAGACGGUCUGUUCAAGGCCAGAAAUUAUUAUCAGGCUGGAGGCAACAAGAGUUGCUCUCUCGGAUCUCGUCUCAUGUAUCCGAGGAAUGCAAGAUUACGUUGCUUAAGGUAUCUAAAGCAUUUAGGGAAGAUAAGAUUGCACUGGAGGAUUACGUCUUCACUUUAAAGAAUACUGUAGGCAUUGAUAUGCUUACACAAGUUAUUGGUAUAGGUAAAGGGAAAAGAGAUCUGACCAACUGCGCGUUAGAGCCAACCAAGUUGAAUCAUGGAGCCUCUGGUAACUCUCAAGUACGAAUACGCAAUGAUCUUCCGAUUGCGGAUAUAGUCAAAUUCCUAACAGGAGAAUAUAGGAUGAGCAAAACACGGUCCAGUGACCUCUUCUGGGAAGCUGUUUGGCCACGUUUGCUGGCAAGAGGGUGGCACUCUGAGCAGCCGAAAGAUGGUCCAAAGAAUUCUCUGGUUUUUCUCGUUCCGGAAGCCAAUAAGUUUUCCAGGAGGAAGAUGUCAAAGGGGAAUCACUACUUUGACUCUCUCACUGAUGUCUUGAACAAAGUUGCUUUAGAUCCCACUCUUCUUGAGCUUGAUGAGGAUCUAGAGAGGAAGGGGAGCAAAGAAGAGGUUAUCAAGAAUGACCCUCCCACAAAUUUAGAGGAGUUUGAUGAUUCUUCACCAAACAGCAAGAAGAAGAAAAAGUACCUACAGCCACGCAGCAAAACAAGAAAAAUUCAGGAGGUCAUGUUGUUUACAAUUAUCGAUACCAGUGAGACGAAUAGUAUAGAAGGAUGUACAUUGAAAGAGCUCAGAUCUCUGCCUGUUGGGACCGGCAGUUCAAUAGCUAACUCCUCAAGUUACUUGAGUGAAUCUGAAGAUAACAUGUCAGAAGAAUCUGAAAACAAGGCAGAGACGACAGCUAAAUCAAUGGCUUCGAGAGUGUGUGGUGGGGGCAGCAUUAGUUCUGGUAAGAGCAGCUCUGUAAACAUGGACAAUGCCACGAGUCCAAGCACCAUUUCUCUCAAUGAGAGACAGCAGAAGAACCGGAAAGGCGGGAGACCAAGAAAUCCAAAAUUGUUACCUGUCUGCACCAAAAGGAGUAGUUUGGCAGAUUGUACCUUGCGAGAAGCAGGUUGUUUUGGUGAAACCCAGUCCAGGAAGAAGAAACCAUUGAAGAAAGGGAAACAUAUGAGACCAAACCCAUUAAAAGCUGAUCUAAAUGUAGUAUUGACGAGAGAGGAGCGCAUCAACGAAGAUAAAACUCUGAAACUGUCCUCAACCAGUUCCUUUGCAAGAGAUAGCUCUUGUCGAAGAAACAUAGACCGAGAAAUAUCACCAGAACGAUCUGAAAGCAGAGAAGAUUUUGAUUUGAACGUUUCACAAAUCUCCCUAGAACGUGAAGCUGAUGGUACUGAUACUGUCAUGGCAGACGUUGUACAGAACAGUGAGAGCUCUUGUGCCGAGCAGUCCUCUGUUCAAGUGGAUGUGGAAAAGCAGUGUAAGCCUCAGGAGUUGCAAGUAACCGCGGAUCUCCUUCCUGAACGGAGGCAGAGUACAAGGACCCGACCCUUGACUACAAAGGCACUGGAAGCUUUUGCUUUUGGGUACCUUGGUAACUCGAAUAAGGAGAGAAAGGCUUCAGAGGAGUCGAGAACAAAGUCUAAUAAGAAGAGAAAGGCUUCAGAGGAGUCAAGAACAAAGUCUACAAAGCGCAUCCAUCGUCACUUACCUGUGUCCUCCAAGUUCAGAAACGGAACUGUAGAGGAUGGUUCAAACACUGACGAGACUGAAUAGACUAGCUUCGAUCUGAAAUUGACAUUUCUGCAAAUACUGACCAAGCGCAAAAAUUGGGAGGACUUUAGCAGCUAGAGUCAAUAUAGCAACAUAGUUAUAGUAAAUGUUUUGCCUUUUGUUUCUGUUACCCUCAUCUCAUCGUAGCACUGUCAAGGUUGAAAGGAGCUAUGGAAAGUUGUGAUGUUAUUUUGCU